AUGGACCACACCAGGGUGACGCGUGGUGGUAAGUAUCUACUCUACUUUUGGCAGGAACAAGUGAUACGCUUUGUUUCGUUGUCCCGACUUUUUAUCUGCGUAGACGAAGAUGGCGAUGACAAUGAUGUGCUUGCGGCCAGAGGGAGAUAGUUGGUUCGCAUCUUUUAUUCCUGCACUUUAACAUCAAAAAGGAAUGUUUUUUCAUCACAAAUAAACAGGGAGGGGAUGCAGAAGCAGCAGUGUGAGCAGCAACAGGAGCGGGAACGCAAUCACAGCAGGCGGCGCGAGCAGUUUCACAACAACAAAAACCAGUAUAACUUCGGAGGCCCUGGGGGUCCUCCGGGUCCGCCGAAGCGAAACACCAGCCAGCACCGGAUGCAUCGGGCCAAAAUCAUUCGUGCCUCAGGGGAUCCCCCUCUGCCCGUUCCCCACCCGGCUUUCUCGUCCAACAAACGAGUGCACGCGCGGUCGCGUUUUCAGCAACUCGGCAACAUGGACCAGCAACCGCUCGAUUCCGACAGUGAUGCCGAUGGCCGCCAGCGCGCGAAGUCGGUUUGUCUAA